GCGGAUUGACAGGUGCUUGUUGCCAAGGCAACAAUGACAACAUUGCGGCGACACGGUCAUCAUUCCCGAGGUUUCGCCGGACUUUAGCCAAUCCAUCUCAGCAAUAUGGCUUCCUCAGGCAACCCCGCAGCACAGCUCGCGAAUGUCUUCUCCAAUUUUGGAGACAAGUUGAAGCCUUUUGGGUCCCAAGUAGGCAAGCAGUUCAGCCAGUUUCAACAGUAUGCCAAAGAACGGAUGGGAAACGUCGGAGAUAUAACGGAGCUUCCUGCUGAAUACAGGGAGUUGGAAUUGAAAGUCGACAAAAUCCGUAUUAUGCACGAAAACCUGGUCAAGAUUUCGCGCAACUAUACGCUUCCGCACUACGAUUACGAACCUCCGCUCAAGGACACUGUUUUUGACUUUGCUACGUCGGUCGGUGAUCGGGCCACCUCCUUGGCUGCCGCUGGUGCUAGAGCAGCAGGUGUUCAAGCGCCCCCCCUUUCUGGAGGGCGCACAAAUCGGGAUGAAAUACCACCUAGCUUGGCCCACGCUUUUGCCCGCGCCUCUCUCCACUCGGCGGAGGAGUUGGGCACCCAAGAACCAAUUGGCGCUGCAUUGAAGAAAUUUGCCGCCGUAGAAGAGAAGGUUGGAAAUGCCCGGCUUAAACUUGAUGCCGAUGCAACCGCCAAGUUUUAUCAACCAUUCAAUGCGAUGUUGACCACAACAAUUGCGAAUGCAAUGAAAGCGCGCAAGAAUGUUCAGUCCGUUCGUCUUGCAUAUGACGCAUGUCGCGCACGUUUGAAGGCUGCAAAACCAGAGAACGUGGAUGUUGUUCGAACAGAAAUGGAGGCAGCAGAAGAAGACUUCGUGGCGGCAGUUGAUGACGCGAUGGGGAAAAUGAAUGCAGUUGUUGAGAACCCCGAGCCACUUAAGAAUUUGGCAGAUUUGGUAGCUGCUCAGCUAGCAUACUUUAAGGAGGCUUAUGAAGCCUUAGCGGAAGUGAGCCCUGAGAUGGACGAACUACAGGUGACCAACGAAGCGCUCCUCAGGCAUCCCACUUCUUAGGCUACUCCCCUGUAUCUGAUAUGUUGUUUUUUUGUAUUGUGAUGAUAUGCAAUGAUAGUAUUAGCGAACCGCUAGGAUGUAUUUCUUUACUGGGACUACUUGAUUAAUUGUUAACCGACAGGCUUCGCCUGAAGCUUCUGUUACAUAAAUAGCUCAGCUAUCUCUGGGUAACUCAAGCACGUUCUUACGCUAAUUUUGACGUGGUGAAAUGGGUCUUGGUGCUUUGUGGAUUACGAAGGGC